GUACUCAACUCCAACCAACUUGGGCUUUCCAUUAGUUAUCGAAGUGUGCAAGAAUGUCCAUGGCGGAUAUCCAGGUGGAGAAGCAAUACUCAUUAUGUGGACUAUCACUACGAUGCGCCACGCAAAUUUGCGCUGCUGCUCAGGCAAUUAUCUGCUUUGCUCUCAGCGUAUUGCAUCACGUCCUUUUGGAACCGUCGGUUAUCGUGCACAUCCUCGUCGGAAUCUACUUUUUUUGUGCUCUGCUGUCGACUAUAUUCUUCGUAUUCUGUUUUUUCAAAAGAAAAUUUGGGUCCUUCUAUGACAAUCUCUUACACGCGUACUUGUUGAGCAUUCUCCUUAUGGCAUUGACGUCAUUUUUUGCCGUAAUGUACCUGCCGCUGUCUUUCCUACAGCAGGCACACUCCCUCGGAGAAGGAAUGCACUAUCUAUUCUUGUUUAUUACUGCCGCUGGAAUGCUUUUUCUACAGUUCGUUCAACGAAAUCUCGUUGAACAAAUGCUACCAGUAAUGGAGCACAGUUUUGUCUAACAAUAAGAAGAGGAGGAUCCUCGCAGGAAAAAAUAAAUAUGUUUUGGUAAUUUUACCAGAAUAAUGCUAAGGAAUAUAGUCGUCAAAAUCCAAAGUAAUUGGGUAAUUUUUACGAAAGACUUAGUUGCUUAACAGCAUUUCUGAUAAUUAUCAUGUAAACUGCGGAGCCAGGGGGCUUUUAUUGAAGCAUGCUCAGGUGUUUAGGAGUGCCAUAUCUCAUGCUUUUGUCAUUUUAGGAAAAAGCGUUCUGGCUUUGUAGAAACUCCGUUGCCUACCCGAAAUUACAAUUACGUAGACAAAAACCUGCCAAGGAGAGGUACUAGGAGG